AUGGACCUGCGUCGCUUUUCUCCCACUUCGUCAUCACCUGUCAAUAAUAAUCCCUCUUCAUCCCCUCCUCCUCCGCCACCUUUGUCUGAUCCAUUUCGUCUGCAGACGCGCCGUCUGCAGCUGAGAAACGCACGGUUUCGCGGUGCUCACAUCUCCCCGCGCAAGACCAGCAACAACAAUACUGCCACUACUCGUCUCUCGUCAUGGGGCUCGUUGUCGACAGGCUCGGUUGACAAGGAAAAUCAAGAAGAAACCAAUACUGCCCAGAAAACCGGUUCGGUUCGGAGAAGAGUGAGCAUUCUGCAGGAAUUGCACGAUUCUUCUUGUGCCUCCUCGCAACGCGGCCGAACGAAAUCACGUCGCUCGUCGGUUUCGCAUCUUUUCGUCUCAGCUUUGGAUGAUAACAACGACUACGACGAGUUCUCACUGCCCUCGACAACAACCCCAUAUUACAAGUCCGUGUCUACCAGGAAUUCGUCCCCGGCGUCCAUCUUCGAAGACCAUGAUCCCGACUUGUACCGAGAUCGAGGCUCCCCGAUAUCGCUAAACGCCGCUCGGCGAAAGAGUCGCGACGCAACCGCCGCCCGCUACACGGCCGAUCGAUAUAUCGAACACCUGGAGACCCAGCUAGCAGCCGUGCAACACCGACUCAGCCCCAUGCAGGCGUCAACGUCACAGUCUCAGGUGUCGAGACUCCGGUCUCUGAGCGCCGAGAUCAAGGUGCUCCGCCAGGAAUUGUUGGAAUGGGACGACAAAUUCGACGCUCGUGUCGACGAGGAAGUGUCGCUGCGCAGUGAAAUCGAGAGCAAACUGAAAACAAAAAUUGUCUUCCUCGAGGGCCAGCUCGAGGAAAGCGCGUACCGGAUCAAAGAACUCGAGUGCGAACGUGACAUGCAGGCCCAGAAACUGCGAAAUGUGGAAUCUCUGCGAUCGACGAAUCGAGGACUGGAGAGGCGUGUCGAUGUGCUGACCGAGCUUCUUGCGCAGUCGCCGACAAGAAGGGAACAACCCCAAACACCGGAAUUCUCGCCAACGCGCAGUCCUGGGCCCCGUCUGGCAAGGCCUAGGUCCAUGCUCCCGUCUGUGCCAGCGCUCACGGACGUUAUGUAUCAACCUCUGGUUGCGCCCGUUGAUGCCGAGGCAGAAGAGAACAACAACUAUGAGCCGGAUACCCCGGAUCUGAUUCCUGACGAUUCCACCAUGGCUUCUUCACCCGUGUCCAAGUCACAGCGGUCUUCGACGCUAUCCCAGAUCUCGUCGAUAUCUUCGCAGUGGAGCGUCCCGCUGCCUUUUUCUUCUGAGCUGCAAGGACGAACACCAAGCCGGCCUCGGAAUAUGCGUCGGUUCCCCUCUGGAACAUGCACGCUGAAGCCACUGAUCCUGCCGACAACGGCAACCCCGGCUAUCGAACCGGGUCGACGAGGAUCCCAGCAGUUUGAAGACCCACACUCUUCUCUAAUGUUCAGCCCAACAUCGGACCCUGCUGACUACUCCCCGGAUAUCAUCACGCAUGGGACAUGCCUUGCCCAAGAGGAAACACUGGCAGCGCUAGAAGGCCGAACAUCCUACUAUCAGACCUUUGACGAAGCUAUGUUGUUGGGCCACAACGACGAUGACUACAACAACACCACCGGACCCCCGCUGGCUGCUCGCGCUCGCAGAUCAGACUCGGGCGCCAGCAGCAGUCGAUACUCGAGAAUGUCCAUGUACCAAAACUCUCGACCUUGUUCGUCUUAUUCGACAGCAGACGAUGAUUUUUCGCCGUCGGUGAAUAGAUUUUCGUCACAGAGUAGACUGUCUAUGGCGAAUACGCCGAUUGGACGUCGUCGGUCCAAGGGCAAUGACCGCACGCCAAAGGCCUUUGAGAAUAACAACAAGACACAUCAUCUAUCAAAAGUGCACGAAGAGGAACCAACAGCUCGCCAGACCUCUGAAAAUUCAGUCGCAAAAAUGGAGAGUAUCUUUCACGAAAUGAAAACAGUCUUUGGCGCCAUGGCACACCGCAUUGUCGCGCGCGUGUGGCAGGGCAGCAUGAUGCGAGCCGGGAAAUUCUCCUGGUGGAUUCUGAGUAUUCUGCUGGGACCACAGCGUCGGGAUGAAUGGCUCAAGGCGUCGUCGCUGAGGAAACGAGCUCGCGAAUGGGAUGAUUUCCAGAGGCAACAGCAACAAAGGCAACAGCAACAACAGCAACAGCAACAACCUCAACCUCAAACCGUCGCCUCUUUUCCUUCGAAUGGAAGUAACAAGGUCGGCCAUACGCUGUCACUGUGGGCCAAGUUCUCAGUGACGCUGGCUGUGGCUGUUGCUCUGGCUAUACGUCAUGGGCCGGGCACGUUAUUGUUAGAGGAUCCGCCAGUAUCAUCGAAAAAUGAACAAACUGAUGAUGAUAAGAAUAACAACAACAACAAAAACGACGGCAAAACCGGCAAAACCAGCCCAGAGGAUAUCGACCCUGUCCAAGACACUCCCACUACCACUAUUCCAACUACCAACGGGCAUCCUGUGUUGUGGACUCGACCUCUGACAAUCGAAGACUUUCUCACUGGCUAA